AUGGAGCCAGAGCUUACUACCCCUACAUUGGAGAAAAGGUUUGACUACGACAUCAGGACCACAGAAUAUUAUUCAUAUGACUAUAACGAAACCACAUUUGAGGUCCUGGAGCGACACGAGGGACUCGUCAUAGCAGGAAUAUACAGUGUCGUGUGCUACAGCCUGAUCAUCUCCCUCAGCCUGCCUGGGAAUAUUUACCUGCUCUGGGUCCUGCUAUGGAGAGUGGGAUUGAAGAGUGUGUCUAAUCUGUUGCUUCUGCACCUGACCAUCUCAGACAUACUCUUCACCCUAACCCUGAUUCCCUGGGCCGUCUACUACAUCCAUGGCUGGGUUUUUGGCCGGUAUGCUUGCAAGGUGUUGAGUGGUUCUAUAUUGCUUGGUCUCUACAGCUAUAUGCUGUUCCUCAUGGCCAUAACGAUACAUCGUUAUACAGUGGUGGUGCACGCAGCGCGCGCGUCGACAUACAGAGAUCGAGGGCGGCUCUACACUCAUUUGACGUGUGCUGCUGCGUGGACGAUCUCCAUCCUCUGUUGUCUCACUGAGGCAGUGUACUCUGAGACGAUAAACGAUCCGGAUGGUAUACUGUGCGAACUCUGUGGACAGCCAGACCAUCUGAUAUUGUUAGGUUACUACAUCCAGAUAGCAGUUUUUUUCUUGUUUCCCUUUGCCAUCAUGUCUUUCUGUUAUGUUCGAAUGACAGCGACCAUCCAGCAGACUCGCCUGAAGCAAAAACAACAGGCAGUGUGGUUGAUGUUUUCUAUCGUUGUGGGUUUCUUCAUUUGCUGGGCGCCAUACAACAUUGUUGUGUUUAUUGAGACGCUACAGAUGUUGGGGCUCCCAGUCUUGACUUCACAGGAGCUGAUGCAUUAUGCUUUCUAUAUCACUCAUACGCUAGCCUACUGUCACUGUUGUCUCAAUCCCCUUAUGCAUGUCUUUGGAGCUGACAAGUUUAGGCAUUAUCUUCCACAAAACUCUCUAUUUACGUAUUUCUCAAGGGCGGAGAGGGGCCAGAAAUCUAGCUCUUGCAGUGCUCCGCGACAUUCCCUCUCAUACCUGACGAAUGUGUAA